CACACACACACACACAUUCUCUCUCUAUCAACAUAUAUAUAACAGGUGUGUGGGACAGACCAACCUCUUUCAUCUGCCAAGAAACCUUCAAAUUUCAUACAAAACAUUCAUCUUUCUGUGUUCUUUCUCCCUCUAGAUCGAGCAUGGAAGGAGAUGAACAUUCUUCACAGACACCACAACCUCCUAUGAACGACAAUAAUGUUAACAUGAACAACAUUAAUCCAUAUCUAUUGGAUUACACCCCUUUGAUUAAUAAUCCAUUUCAGUACCCUUCCUCUUCUCCACUUUUACCCCAACCAUUACCCGUGGCUCAUAAUCUGGAUAAUAAUAUUAGAUUGGAGAGCAGCAAUGUGGACUGGGUUAGCCUUCUUUCUGGUUACAUGAAUGGGGAAGGGUCGAUGGCGAGGGGUUUGUGUGAAGGAGAUGAAAACAAUGCGGGCAGGAAUAGUAAAGCCAUGAAAAGUGGGAGGGGUAAGAAGGUAACACCAUCUAGGGUUGCAUUUCAUACAAGAAGCAGUGAGGAUAUUCUUGACGAUGGUUACAAAUGGAGAAAAUAUGGCCAAAAAUCUGUCAAAAAUAGCCAUCAUCCAAGGAGUUACUAUAGGUGCACUCAUCAUACAUGCAAUGUGAAGAAACAAAUUCAAAGGCUCUCAAAAGACAACUCCAUUGUGGUUACAACUUAUGAAGGCAUUCACAACCAUCCAUGUGAGAAGCUAAUGGAGACUUUAACUCCACUUCUGAAGCAACUUCAGUUUCUCGCCCGAUUCUAGAUCACUAAAUCCAACAACUUACUUUUAGUUUGUACAUGCCUUCUACUACAAUUGACAAACAACAAUGUUAAUUUCUCCUUUAUCGAUUUCCUGCUUGUGUAUGACAACAUAAAGAAUCGGAAAUUGAAUUUGUGAGAUUGAUAGGAAUUUAUAUGUAUACUGUGUAACUUUAUCUUCUAUCAAAGGAAUAGGGGUAAUACUCUCUCUCUC